AUGCUCCUCUCCAAUCUUUGCGCCUUGCUCGCGUAUACGAGUCUGGCCGUCGCCAGGCCGUCGAAGCACCAUGCGCGACAAGUUUCUCCGUCAAACAUCCUCGAGAGCUACGAGUAUGUCAUCGUGGGCUCGGGUCCAGGUGGAGGACCGCUCGCCGCUCGACUUGCCAUGGCUGGCAAGUCAGUCCUCCUCAUCGACGCUGGCGAUGACCAGGGCGGUUCUAUUCCAUACCAGGUGCCGGCCCUCAGUCUGCAAUCCACAGAGUAUGAGCCGAUGAGGUGGGACUACUACGUCAACCACUUCAGCAAUCUCACCGUGCAGCAACAAGACUCCAAGAUGACCUAUCGCACUCCAUCGGGAGAGACCUAUGUCGGUCUUAACCCGCCGGCUGGCUCGACCCCGCUGGGAAUCCUCUAUCCCAGGGCCGGUACCCUCGGUGGAUGCAGUGCCCACAACGCUCUUAUUACCGUCUAUCCUCACAAGAGCGACUGGGAUGGCAUAGCGUCCCUCACUGGUGAUUCUUCCUGGUCGGCGUCCAACAUGCGCAAAUAUUUCGAGCGCUUGGAAAAGUGCACGUACCUCCCCAACGGCAUAGUGGGCCAUGGAUUCAGCGGUUGGCUCUCCACCAGUUUGACUGAUCUGACACUCGUCGCGACCGACCUCAAGCUUCUGAGGAUUGUCCUAGCUUCCGCUAUUGCCAUGGGCCAGGGCGGUCUCCUCUCGUGGCUAAUCACCACCGUUGGAGGUCUUACCGGCGUCCUUCUCAAAGAUCUCAAUGUCGACAGCCCCAACAGGGACUCGACUGAAGGAGUGUACCAGAUGCCCAUUGCUACCGACAAUGGCUCACGAUCCGGGCCCCGCCAAUUCAUGCUUGACGUGGCCAACGCCCAGAACCCCGAUGGAUCCCGAAAGUAUCACCUGGACAUUCUCCUCAACACCCUCGUAACAAAAGUCCGCUUUGACACGACCGACAGCAAACCCCGCGCGGUGGGCGUCGACUUCCUGCAUGGCCAAAGCUUGUACCGCGCCGAUCCCCGCUCAAACGGUGCUGGAAGCGGGACCCCCGGUUCGGUCGAUGCCUCGAGCGAGGUAAUUCUUGCCGCUGGUGCAUUCAAUACCCCGCAACUUCUCAAGCUCAGCGGCAUCGGCCCGCAGGACGAACUUGCGUCGUUCAACAUUCCCGUAGUAGCCAACCUCCCCGGCGUCGGCACGAACCUGCAGGAUCGCUACGAAACCACCGUGAUUGGAAAGACUACCUCUGAUUUCGCCGUCACGUCGGACUGCAACUUCUACCGCACGCCUGAUGAUCCGUGUCUGACGCGCUGGAAGAACGGCGGCUCCGUCUCGACGCUCAAGGGCGUGUACGCGUCCAAUGGUAUCGCUCUCGCUAUUACCAAGAAGUCGACCUCUGCCAGCAGCAGUGAUGAUCCGGACAUCUUCAUCGCUGGUGCACCCGUCUCUUUCCCAGGUUAUUAUCCAGGCUACUCUGCCGACGGCACUGCUGAUGCGAGACACUGGACGUUCCUCACCCUCAAGGCCCAUACCCGCAACCGCGCCGGCACGGUCAAGUUGCGAUCCACUGACCCCCGUGACACUCCCCUUAUCGACUUUAACAAUUUCGCCGACCCGGCGGCGGCGGCGCUCGACUCUAGGGCUGUGGUCGAGGGUAUGAAAUUCACUCGAAGUCUUUUUACCUCGAUAGGAGGGUUCACGGAAGUCUGGCCCGGUGCAUCUGUUUCUUCGGACGCGCAGCUCGAUAAUUGGGUGAGGAAGGAGGCCUGGGGUCAUCAUGCAAGCUGUACCUGCCCGAUCGGUCCCGAUAGUGAUCCGAUGGCGGUGUUGGACUCGAAAUUCCGGGUGCGAGGCGUAGAUGGUUUGAGGGUCGUGGAUGCGUCGGUGUUCCCUCGAAUUCCGGGGUACUUCCUUGUGGUUCCGGUUUACAUGGUGAGCGAGAAGGCGGCGGACACGAUUCUUGGGGUCGCCUAG